AUUAUUUAUUUAUUUACCUGUUUUGUGUUUAAUUGAAAUAAUAUAAAAAAUAUAUCUGAAUAAUCUUGUUACAUCUUGUAAUACAUAGAUAUUUGUAUAUCGUACUUAUUUCUUUCGUUUAAAUAUGUUUGGCGCCCCCUACUGGAUGUCACGUGACCACUACACCGUUUCCAGGUUCAACUUGCCUUUCGUGUACAAAAUGGCCUUGAACGUACUUGCUAGGAUCGCUCCGAUGACUCUCAGAGUGACGUCUUCUCCUCUGAGCUCCAGCAGCAGGUUAAAGGUGAACCACGACCGACCGAACCGGCGCUUCACCGUCACACCGGGCGGCGGCUCUGGGCUCCAUGAAUGUGCAGUGCUGCAGUACAGGUUCACGGGGGACAGGGAGGUGGAUCUGAUGUCCACCUACGUCCCAGAGGCCUUUAGAAGCCGAGGCGUCGCUGCGCUGCUGUCGCAGGCUGCCAUGGAGUUCCUGCUUGAAGAAAACCUCAAGGCCCGCGUUUCUUGUUGGUAUAUAAAGAAAUACAUUGAGGACAACCCACUACACAGAUAUAAAGACCUCGUCAUCACCUGAAUGUGGAUUGUCCACUAUUGCCUCAAACACUACCUCCCAACCACCCACAAUCCACAGAUUGUAGAUGACCCUGAACAUGAUUCAUUUUUUUCAAACUUUUUCUUUUCAAAACAAAAAGUGACAAUGUGUGAGAUCAAUUUCUUGACAGUAGUUCUCUUUUCUCUGAGCGUUGGUGCUUAUCUGCGUACAUCCAGGGUGGUUUCAGGUUUACUGGUUAACGACAACAGAAAUCCUCAUUAGCUGUGUGUUUGCUUUGGUGUGUGAGGGGAAAAUGAGAGACCGGCAGCUGAACUAUGAUACAGCAAAUGAAGUAAAAACAUUUGGCGUCCAAACAAAGAUCAGUGAAGAAGUAACUUCUGAGAAAAACACACGUGAACACAUUCUGGAUUCUGGGUCUUCAUUUAAUCCCUGUGUACACGUCAUAUAUGUUUCUUCCUGUAGAUGUCAGUCACGCUCCAUUAUAAACUGUGUCCCUGUGUUUCAUUUAUACCUCAAAAUAGAAAAUGUUUAACAUCCAUAACUCCAGUCAGGUCCCUCCACACAAGCCACAAUAAAUAAAAUAUACUGUACCAUAUUCGCAUUUCACCUCUGCUCCUCCCCAAAUCUUGGAGGCUUUAUGUAUGAGCACAUUUCUCCCCAUUCUGGUGCUUCUAAAUGUUGAUUUAAUAUUUUCGUGGUAAAUGUCUUUAUGCAUUUGUGGAGCUUUCUGUUUCUGUCUAUUUCAGUCACUGAAACACAGUCCUGAACACCAACCUUUACGUGGCCAAUAAAGCAGCAGCUGAGUUGGAACCAGGUCAAACGACAAAA